UUGAAUUCCGCUCACUCAGACCCGCGCCCGACUCGCGGCCAGCGCACGCACGCAGCUACUCCGUCGACGAUCCGAGUGCCUGAAUAACUUAUCAAUAGUGUCUUCUAGUGAUUUAGUGUCAUGUGAUAGUGCAGUGCGAAAAUGGAAUCGACGCCGAUCUGUCGGUGCCGCGUGUUGUACCUCGGCUCGGCGGUCCCGCAGCAGAGCAAGGACGGACUACAAGGCAUCCAGGAGCCUCUGCGCGAACUGUAUCCGGAAAAGGGAGCGACCACCGGCGGCAUCGACUCGUGGCUCUCGGUCUGGUCGAACGGAAUCUUGCUUGAGAACGUCGACGAGAGCGGCUCGAGGGUAUCGAGGUUUUUCCCGAUUUCGAGUUUGCACUACUGCGCGGCCGUGAGGCGCGUGAGUGUGGAGGGUGCGCCCAGAUUUUUGCCUUUGGACUCCCCGUUCGCCAGAGCGCCGGCGCCGCGGCGUCCUCCUCUGUUCGCGGCGGUGUUGCGCCGAACGCAAGGUAUAAAGGUUCUGGAAUGUCACGCGUUCAUCUGUCGUCGCGAGGCGGCUGCGAACGCCCUCGUGCGCUGCUGCUUCCACGCGUACGCGGACAGCUCGUACGCUAAACGGUUGGAGGCGGAGCGGUCGCCGACGCAGCUGCCGCCCGACGGCGACGAGGAGCUGGAGGUGUUCGACGGUGACGAGAACCACAAGGUCUGGGUCGGAGAGGUGGAACGCGACGACGCGAGCGACGACAUCCCGCACCCCGCGCGAGCGCCGCGCCCGCGGCAGAUAACGCGACCUGCGUCCGUGCCCCCGCCGCCCCCGCCGCCCGAGGAGCCCAAGAAGAAGUCCACGUCGAAGAAGACCAAGAAGAAAUCGUCCGCGUCAGCAGACGAGAUGUACGCUACGAUGCCGGGUCCGGCGCACGUCAUGAACGGCAGGUCGCUGGGGCGAGCGCCCCCAGCGUGGGCGGCGGCGGGGCACCCGAUGGUGCUGGUGGCGCACCCGGCCGCCACUCUGCCUCACGCCCGACCGGCGACGAUGGGCCACCGAGGUCGGGUACCAGCUGCCUUAGCUCCCGGACCGUUCCCACCGGUUCCUCCACUGGGAAGAGGCCGCAUACAGUACGCGACCGUCGAUCCUAGACGCUCGAAGCCACCGCCACCGCCGGCUAUGAAAGCCGCUCAGAGCAUGACGGGCUUGGAAGCGGUGGAGGACUCCGGAGGAAUUUACAGGAAGAAAGGACAUUUGAAUGAACGCGCUUUUUCUUACAGUAUAAGACAGGAACACAGAAGUCGAUCGCACGGAUCUCUCGCCAAUCUGAAGUUCGCUGCUCCACCGGAGGUGGAGACAGGUCGAGAAGAAUUGAAGAAAGAGCGAGAGAUCAUGCAACUGGUGGCCGGACUGCAGCUCAACUCUGACGAGGUUGAGCGUCGCGAGGUUCCGCCACAUAUGAUCCGAGCCAGACAUGGCCCGAGAUAACAUUAGGCCACAAGCAGUGCCAACAACCACGGACACGAGAUACGACCAACGAGCGCUGCUCAAAAAGGAUUAUUCAAAUCGAUUGUGGAGAAUUUCAAUGAAAUGAACGCUUUAAAAUAACGAUACGACACCGAUGCGAUUUGUAAUGUCAUUGUUCGAAGACUAUAUAUUAUCCUUAUAAAGUAGUUACAAUCGAAUCGGCAUCGAAUUCUACAUGUUAUAAUCGUUAUAUAGAAAGCGUUUUAUUAGUUGCAGGCUUCGCACGUCAACAGAAUACCGAUUGUUGAAUUGAAUCGACGUGAAUAUGUAUACGUAUAUUCAUUUGCAUCGAUAUGUCACGACCGUACUUUAUAGAUUAAAAUAGAACAAUCGAAUGCUAACGACCGUUUCUAUGUUAGGGCUUUAUUUUCGAUUAUAUUAUUGGUAUAAUCAACGGAGAUAUAAAACAAUAUGCCUUACUUUAUUGGGAAACAUGGUAGUUGAUAUGGAACAUUUUACAUAAACUAUUUAUAAUACACAUCCUAAGCUUCAUUUAAAGAGAGUUGUCACGUGUGCAGAUGAAACCGGUCGUAGUAAGCUUUUUGGAAGUCACUUUAGCUUUUGCGUUUAAUUGGUAUUGUCAAAUGUAAAAUUGUGCAUGUCAUAAAUUUGCUAAUCCUAAUUAUUACAGAAUAUAGUGUAAAUAUACUAUGACUAUAAUCCCUUUUUAUGAAAAAGCAACAAAUUUAUUUAAAACAAAAAUAGGAUUCAGGAUAUAAAAAAAUAUUUUAGGCCUCAGGGUAUCCAGCAUGUUUAUUGUAUGUACCUUAUUUUCUUGCUUUUCAGUCUUAACUUUUCUGUAUGGUUCUAUUUUAUAAACAAUCUUUUCUACAAUUUAAUUGUUUGGAUCUAAUUCUUACUUCGUAAGUCUCAUAAGAAAUUAUUAGACAUAGACACCAUUUAUCUACCUACACGAUCGAUUACUUACAUCGUUGCAAUGCGAAGCGAUAAAAUCGUGAGUUGUUUGUUUCCGUAUUAUACGUUGAAUGGUGAAAUAUUAGUCAUUAAAUAUUAUUACACUUAGGGAACAUAAUAAAACAAGAAUACACUUCGUUAAAUUGUCUAUUACUGUUUAACAUAUGGUAGAAUCUUGCUUUGUAGUUGAUACUUUCGUAUGAGUAAUGUAGGAAUCAAUUCUAAAAUCUAAAAACCUGCCUAUGUCCAGAUCUAUGUCAUUAUCAAAAGUAAAAGAUUAUCGGUCCAUGCUUCUACUAUAGCUAAGUACUGUCUUGGAAGGUUUUAAAGAUCCAGACCCUCAAUUCUCCUAGUAUAAAUGAGUGUUUGGAUCGUUGUUAUCCUCUAUGACUGGUUUGUUUCGAUUAAAUUUAUUUAAUAUUAUUCAAUUUUGAAUUGCAACAUAUAUCUUUGAGUUUUAAUGUUGUUUAUUACGCAAUUAGUGAUGAAAAAGCAAUUAAUGUAACGGACUUCCAACAAUUCGUUUUAAUGGAUUGAGAUUGGUGUUAAUAGCCCUAAUUGCGGAAAAUGUAUUUAAUAAAAUAAUCGACAUUUUAAUUAUAUAAUAAUUGAUUAAAUCAUCCGUAGUUGUAUUCGGCAAUUUCUGAAAAAUACAUAUUUUAAGAAAGAAUAAUCUAAUAUUUUACGUACUAGUUCUUGAAAACAACUGUCCAAUUGUGGCACAUUAUAUUAUAAAUUACCGUCUGCACAGAGCACGAUUUUCUUCUAGAACUAAAGCCUGUAAUACACCACAUUCUACGAAGGCUGAAAAUUUUGAAGCCCAUGCUGGACUUAAUGAGUAUGCUCCUACUCUUUAGUUGUAGCUCCUUAGUUAGCCUCAGGGGCGUAGUUACCGCCUUAUCAGCAGUAUCAAUGAUAUGGGGCCCGCGAACUACAGGGGCCCCUAACGUAUGAAAGCAAUACUUAGGAAAAUGUAAUCCAUAAUCUCAUUUAAUCUGGGGCUUCCCGGAAAAAAUCUCAUAAUAAAACUGCCUUGAGUUUCACUUCAAAAACAACUAAAUUCAAAAAAAGCAAUAUUUUUCCCAGGUUAAGCGUGCAGCUAAAAAACCGAAACAUUCUAUAUAGGUUAAUUCACUGUCAUAUUUAUUUUAAGCAAGCAUUUUUUGCUUCUUUUAUGAGAUUUUUUACCCCCAAAUAAUCUUGAUCCUGGGCAAUCCAAGGCACGCUACGCCUCUGGUUAGCCUUAUUAUUAUUACCAAUUAUGGAGUUUGAACCGUAGUGGCUUUGGAAGAUAGCAAGUUUGAUACCUAAUGUCUAGCUAUCUCACGCACUUUGUCCAUUCAUCAAAAUUCACUUUUUUCUAGAGACUAAUUCAGUUGUUUUAAGAAGACAUUUCUUAUUCAUAUCCGUCGUACCCUUCGCGAGUAGUUACGAAAUAUGCUUAAUAUCUUUCUUAGGAUGUUACGUAGUAGUUUUUAUGUACAUAGGCCAAAGAUGACUCUGCAGUUUAUUUGGAAUUUGUCAGCUUAUAGAGUUAUGAUUUGUGCUUAUUUUAUUCUUUCAACCGUAUUCAGAAACAAUGGAAUUCGUCAGUGCAACAAAAUUAGACGACUUAUACGUUACGUACGACCUUCGUUAUUUUAUAAAAGCUGAACGUUUGUUAGCUCAUACUUCUAGAACCAUAGGCAAUAAUAGAGUUUGGAUCUUGGUGACUUUGGAAGGUAGUACCUAAGUUUUAAAGGGACCAGACCCUCCACCAUUUAUUUAUUUAUACACCACAACAUAAAACAAAAAAAGAACAAACAAUACAAGUAUAAAGUAUGUUUUUUCUACAUUUUCUUUGGUACAAUACAAAAAAGUUGUAACCGCCACUUAGCUUCGAGGCAAUCUUCAAGAAAGAUCCAUAAAAUUUAAUCUUUAACGAGUUUUUCUAAAAAAAAUAAGCUUCUACGGUUGAGGAUCGGGGUUCUUGAAAACGCUACCACGCUCUGAACUCUAAAGUUCUCUAUAAGUAUAUGUGUAUAACGUACCCUAUAUUAUGUCUAUGUUUAACGUAUUUACUGUGGUAGAAGCAUGUACUGACAAACUUUCAGCUUUUACAAAAUCACGAAGAUGUGGCUAAGUCAGCCUCUCAACAUGGCUAUUGUGUGAGAUUUAACUGUGUUUAUGAGUACGGGCGAUAGUCUUUAGUCACUUUAUAACAGAAAUGUACCUACACAAGACAUAAUAGUACAGAAGUUAACCUCAAUGUAUAGUGUUUAAUGUGUAAUGCCGUAUUUUGUACAUUGCGAAGUUGUACAAACAUUGUAGACAUAAGUACGUAUAAGGAAGAGACAUGUUAAUUAUAAGAAAAUAGAUUUUAGUGUGGACCUUGGAUCAUAUUUUUGUCAAAACAGAAAAAGUAAUUUUAAAAGAUGAUAAAUAUAAUGCCAAAUACGAGUAACGCGUUAUGUAGGUAUGAAGUUACCAGAAAAAUCAAAUAAUUAUUUAGUAUCACAGGAAUACAGAUUCUUGAUAAUUCCUGUGUGUGAGACGUCUUGCUUAAUCUAUUUAAAAAAUAAACUAUUAAAUUCUGCCUUUAACAGAAAGUAAAUUAAUGUGUCUCUAACUUAAAAUAGGUAUAAUAUUUUUAUGUAAAAUAUGUAAUGUUAUGUGGCGUUUAGUUUUUAAACUUGCAUUUGUUAUGUCUAUUGCAAAAACUUUGUACUCUUUUUAUUUUAUUAAUUAUAUCAUUUAAGAUGAAUUUAAAAGAAAAUGUAAUUAAAUAUUAUUAUUAAUCGUAUAUAUAACUAUAGUAUUGAAGAGGCGUGUAAAUAUAUGAAAGAUCACAUAUAGAAGUUUCAUGAAUAAUUUAGGCUAUGAGUGCCAUUAAUAUUAUGUUGUUAUACUCUUUAUUAUCAUCGAAUUAAUGAAAUAUAUCUAGUAAUUAUAUUAAGAAAUGUAAUAGGAGUUGUUUGUAUAAAGGUUUAUAAUUUGUAACUCGUAAGUUUAUUUCAAAGAUUAAACAACGAUUGUAUCGCAUUCAUUCCAUUAUUUUUGUACGAUAUUUUUAAAAUAUAGUCUGUAAUUGCUAA